CUCUUCUCUCUCUCUCUCUCUCUCUCUCUCUCUCUCUCUCUCUCUCUCAUACAGCCCUCGUUUUAUUUUCCAGAAAAUUUCUCUUUGAAGAUGGCGAGCUUCAUGAGUCGGGUUUUCAUGGUUUUCCUUACCUUGAUGUUACCUGUACUUAUGGCCACAGGACAAGGAUGCAAACAGCGAACUUGCCCGGGCUCAUGCAACUACGGCACAGGCGUAUACACUCCCAACGGCAAAUGUAUUUGCGCUGUACUUCAAACCAGAAAUUGCAACCUGGAAGAAUGCAGGGAUGAAUGCGACAAACUUAAACAAAUAACCAUCUUUUGCUGUCCUUUUUUUCUGUUGAGCGGCUUCUUGCUUUUGUACGUGUCUGUUCUAAGGGUUCAUGGAAAACCUCUGUUCUAAGGGUUCAUGUGGAAUCAUGGUUUUCGUACUAGUGCGUAAUACAAUCAAUCACUCUCUCUCUCUC